AUGGACACGCAUGCCUUUGCUUCGCUUGCACAUAUCCGAAUUCUGCUUAUACCCGUCGGCUUGAUACCACGAUCUUCUUUCGAUGUUUAUGCUGAGGAAAUACGAAGUUUCGACUCGAUCAGGCUGGGAGAAAUUCCGACAGAUACCAGAGAUGGAAGAGCUGCUCGCUUUCUCCCUAAUCCUUUGUCGAAAGGAAACAUACUUCUAAGUUUUCCAACGCAUCCUCCACCUCAAUCACACUCCCUACUUUCUCUUGUUCGGCCAUCACACUUCCCACUUGCAGUCAUCGGCGUUGCAACAUGUUCCCAAUCUGAAUCCUCGAAAUCCCUUUAUUCACAGUUCCGUUCAUCCCUCGCAGACAUAUUUCCAUCAGGAAGUACCUAUCCUCUGGUAACCAACUGUUUUGCGUUCGAAGAUGUAGAAGGCACAGCGAACUUAGAUCCUGGAGAAACCCUACCAGGCCUGGUGACAGUACCCUGCAUAAAGAAUAGGAAGCUUCACAUCGGAACAUUGCUUGGAGUGCUGUGUUCACAAAUUCUUACGGAAUUUGGGGUGUUGGUGCAAGCUUUAGAAACACCCCUAGGCAACGAAUAUCUCAAUGCAUCGUUAAUGCCGUUCCUCCCUCCUGUAGCCGAAUUGCCAUCAUCUUUGAAUUCUUUCUCCAGGACUGAAUCAUCGCCAAGUAUAAAUUCACAUAACAGCUCACCCGACAUUUCACGGUCUUCUUUUAGUCUCGCUGCAGCACCCGCUAUAAAACGCAAUGCGUCGUCUGCCAACUCCAGCACGGCUAGACAAUCCACAUUGGGUGUACAAGCACAGAAGAAGAGACUCAGUACCAUUGGUACAAGCUCUUCACAUGGCCGACUCUACAAAAUGCUCGGGGACUUUUUCCUUCUUUCUGGAAGAACGGAAGAUGCAACAAUCUGGUACAAUGAAGCAGUCCAACUAUUCAAAAGCUCUCAUGAUCCGCUAUGGUAUGCUUGCACCUUGGAGGGAAUGGCGACUAUCGCAAUAAUUGAUGCAUGGUCAGUGGGCCAUGGUCUGAACAAUUCUGUGACCGCUGUUAAAGAACCUUGGACAGAUGUCAGUGACAGACUACAACAAGCCAUCAACUUAUACCAGAAAACGCCGGCCCCUGAUGGCGAACAAAUGCAUUCUUUGCUUGCGUAUCUCUUCUGUGGAUGUGUACUUCGACAGACAUCCCUACUGUUUUCUGUAUGGUCUUCUAAAGGCUGGGGUCCUCUUGCUUUCACAAUCAUGCUUCAGUCAGGUACUAAGCCGCAGCUACCUCCAACUCUGUUAUCAGACGACAGAGACCAAUGGUUGAUUUUGGAACGCUUGAGCUCAAUCACCGGAAUUUCGCGGGCAUCAAUAUCAUCUGCGUUGAGUCAGUUACACGGACCCUGGUUGUUACAUCUCGGGCAACGGGAGCGGAUUUCCAUUCUGGAGACAAUGGCCAGCUUUUAUUCAUGUCUGGGGUAUCACCGCAAAGAAGCCUACAUUCUUCGAGAAGUAUUGGGUUGUAUUCUGGACCUCAUGGUUUGUGGCCGGGAAGAAGAUGGUUUUUCCCAACCAACUGCCCAAAGCGCAGGUUUGGGUAUUCACAAUGUCCACGCCGGUGCCGGGGGUAACUGGGGAACGGUUGGUGUACGGUUGAGUGAAAGCUCUGCAGGAAAUGAAAGUGUCCUUCGUUUGCUGAAGUAUGUUUGCAAAGUGCUGGGCAUCAAUUUGGAGUCAGUGGGAUUAGUGGAGGGCACUAAGUCACGCGAAUCCCCAAACCCUCCGUCUUUGGAUGAUUAUGACGAAGAUAUCAUCGAAGAACUUCGACAACCCUGUGGCUGGCCUGAACUACAAGUCGGCGUUGUUCGCGAAGCUGUUGCAGUUGCAGAGGCAUUACCCGAUUUUCCUACUGUUGCUCAAUUCGCCCUUUCAUCGUUAAAAACACUUCAGACUGUCCUGACUUCUGGAGACCAAUACCAUCUAUACUCUACUGCCUCACGAGCGUUGGUAACAGCAAGAAGAAGAGGGGAUUCCCGAGCUGUUGAGUACUGGUCAGGUAGGCCUAUUGUCAGCAUGUCCAUUGCACCGUUACCGGCAAUACGGAUCCCUGUCGAGAAACCCCGGUCAAUCCAACACAAAAUUGGCGAUUUAAAGCCCCUUGUGCAAGGGAUUGUUGAUCCGUUUUUGUACAAUCCUAGAAAGGCGACAGCAGGCAAAGAAAAAUCACUCGUUGUGAAAAAUGAAGUUCUGGAAUUUGUGAUUACCUUGCAAAAUCCCUAUAUCUUCGAUCUAGAGUUGCAGGAGCUGUCAUUAAGGCAAGUGCUCUGUACCUCAGGGGUUGCAUUCGAAUCCCAGCCUCUCCGGGUGGUAAUUCCAGCAAACACCCUCCACCAAGUAGUUCUUUCGGGCAAAGCAACAGAUACCGGCACCCUCACUAUUCGUGGUUGCUUUGUUCAGGCUCCAGGAGGAGUGGUCCGAGAAUAUAUUCUACCUUUGUACACAGCCCAGGAAGAGGAACGCAUUUCACGAAAACGAAGAGCAAUCAAUUCAGAAAAUGGUCGGUCGAAAUAUGCAGGAUUGGAUUAUUAUCACGGGACGAAACAAGAAAAACGUUCCAGCAAAUCCCCCGCAGACGCCUCCGGUCCAUCAUUUAGGUUCCUAGAAUGCAAAGUUGUCCCAGAGCAACCUCUCCUUCGCAUUCGGCGAAGCUCUAUCACUCAUGGAGCAUUAAUGUUGUACGAUGGCGAGAAGUCGUCGAUCAGGUUGACCCUUGAAAAUGUCUCACCUAUCACUGUAGACUUUUUACAUUGUGCAUUCGAAGAUUCUACGAUCGAACCUGCCCAGAAGGCCCUGGCAGAAGGAAACCUUUCGGUCUCUGACACUUAUGAAACGGAGUUUAAUCUAAUCCACAAACCAGUAUUUUCGUGGGAUCAAGAUGAAGCAAAGACUAUCGCACCUAAUCACAUCUUAACCCUGACGGUCGAAUGUUACGGUAAAGUUGGCUGUAACAACGGCGUUAUUCACAUUUCAUACUCUCAUGCCGAAGACCCAAAUCUUCAUGACUCCGACGUAUUCUAUGUUCGUCAGGUGUCAUACCCACUUAUGGUAACGGUCUACCAUAUGCUUGAAUGUAAUGGGAUGGAUUUGUUGCAAUUCCCUUCAUAUCCCCUGUCUCUGCUCCGAAAUAACCAUCCCAAAAAUGCCCGAAUGAGUUCCCUUCACUUUGAAGAUGAUACUGGCUGGUGUUUAUUUUCAAUUGAAGUACGGAAUACAUAUGGAUCUCCCUUCGAUGUCGCCCUGAUUCGAACCCAACAUGGAGAAUCCGCAGCAUCAUCGACGACGACAAUUCCACCAGGUUCCGUUUCUCGGCUCGUAAUUCCGAUCAAGAAAAUUCUGCUGGAAGAAGAACAACUUUCAAAACCGAUCCCAACUUUGUCUGAUAGGCAGUUUGUUCUGGCCCAGUCAAGCUUGUCAGAAGCUGACCAAAGGGCACAACGUGAAUUAUUCUGGUAUCGGGAGGAAUUGUUCAAAUGUGUUCGGGGUCGUUGGCACGAGACUGGCGGAACUAGGUCAGGGGAACUAUCCUUCAGAACUCAAAGGAUGACAUUGCCAAUGCUUGAAGUCUUCCGACUAGAAAUCGCUCGCGUUUCUUUGUCAUUGGGGUCGUCUUGCGAUGGAACUACGCAACAGCAAGCAAACCGCAACGGGUCACGUCAUUACCCUAAAGUUAACGAGUUCGUUGAAUUGAAAGCAACAGUAUCAUACUACCAGGACUAUAAACUGAUAACACUGGUAGCAUCAUCCCUCGUAUUCACAAUGGAAUUGGAAGCAAAUCCUUCUGAAUACAUCAUCUAUGAAGGAGUGCUGAACGAUCUUCCUGUGGGACGCCUUGAAAGUGGCGAGUCUCGUGAAAUCACGACUUCUGUGUGUUUCUUGGCGUCCGGGCAUUUCGAGAUAUCCGCGCUAGUACGUGGAUUUGGAGGGGCAACUGCAGAUAGCAGGGUAGCUAGAGCACACAUAACUGCGAUACUCAAAGAUGACCCAUAG